GGUGUCAAAAGUCGGAAAGUGCAAAAAAUCUUCGAUUACUUAACACACUUGUGUCCGUGCAAGUUUUGCUCAUUUGCGAAGAACAAUAUCGAAGAUGCUACGCUUUGCAGCUGGACGUGUGUUGGGCGGCCUCCGCAGCGCCGCUGGGCUGAAGAGCAGUCAAUCGAUGGUCGGAGCGACCAUGGUUGUCCGUCACUCGCACAGCAAUGAAACCGCCGAGGAGUUCGACAGCCGCUAUGAGGCGUACUUCAACCGGCCUGAGAUCGAUGGCUGGGAGGCCCGCAAGGCCAUGAACGACCUGCUCGGCAUGGAUCUGGUGCCGGAGCCCAAAAUCAUCGUUUCCGCCCUGAAGGCCUGCCGUCGCCUGAACGACUAUGCGCUGGCUGUCCGCUUCCUGGAGGGAGUGAAGGACAAGUGCGGUGACAAGACCAACGAAAUCUACCCCUAUCUGCUGCAGGAAAUUCGUCCCACCCUCACUGAACUGGGCAUUUCUACCCCUGAGGAGAUGGGCUACGAUCAGCCGGAGUUGGCUUUGAAAUCGGUGUACGAUAUGCACUAAAUAUCCUGCUGAAGUGAAGUGUUUUUCUUUCGGCGUAAGUCUGUGGUGCAUGGCCUGCCGUCAACCCGGGCGGAAAGGUUUAGUUGUCAAUAAUAAAUGAAUACAAAGCCAGCUGUUACGUAAUUGGA